UCUUCUUUUACUUUUUUUUGCAGAACCUCUGUAUUUUCUCUCUUCUGCCGCUUACCCCCUCUCUCCCCCUUCUCUCUCUGUCUCUCUCUCUGCCAGAUCCUAAAGAAGGCUGGGUCGCAUCAACCGAAUGAGGAAUGAUGGACUCCGAUUUCGGGACUUACCGAUGGUGUUAGUGGCGAAGGCGUCGAGGCCGUCCCGUUGAGAUUUUGGGUGUCAAGCAGAAAGGUGCAAAUCUAGCAUUCUUUGAGCAACCCAGAUUUUGACAAAGCCCAGAAAUCCGACAAACCUCUCGCCGCUCCUGUCCAAGAAAUCCGCAGAAGCUUAGAGUGAGAGAGGACAGAAGAGAGACAAAAAAAAACCGGUUUUUUCAAAACUCAGUUUUGCUGCUUCGUGUUUUAGGCUUUUUUAUUUUUUUUUCACCUAAAAUUUUGAAAAAAAAUUGAAGUUCACCAGCUUUUUUGAUACCUAUUUUUUUCAAAAGCACCUCAGUAUCAAACCAUUAAUAGGUGUCUCCAUAUAUUUGCAUCGAUCACUGAAAUUAAGAUGAGCAGUCCUUCCUCACCAGCUCCAAUUCCGGGUCCUAAAAGGUUAGAAGGCAAAGUGGCAAUUAUCACCGGAGGUGCUAGUGGAAUUGGAGAGAGCACUGCAAGAUUGUUUGUGUUCCAUGGUGCAAAAGUCGUCAUAGCCGACAUCCAAGACGAACUAGCCCUCCUCUGCAAAGAACUCGACCCAGACGGAGAUUCCAUUUCGUACAUUCGUUGCGAUGUCACUGUCGAUUCGGAUGUGAAAAAUGUUGUAGACGUGGCUCUGUCGAUGUACGGAAGGCUUGACAUCAUGUACAACAAUGCAGGCGUAUCCGGCAAAUUGGACCCAACUAUUUUGGGUGCUGAUGACGAAAACUUCAAGCAAGUGUUUGAUGUGAAUGUCUAUGGUACUUUCUUGGGCGCCAAGCAUGCUGCUAGGGCAAUGAUCCCUGCUAAAAAAGGUGUCAUUCUUUUCACUUCAAGCGUGGCGUCAGUGACUUGCGGCCAGUCUACACACGCGUACGCCAUGUCGAAGCACGCGGUGGUGGGACUUAUGAAAAGCUUGUGCGUGGACUUGGGGCAGCACGGAAUUAGAGUCAAUUGCAUAUCUCCGGGUGCCAUGGCAACCCCGUUUCUGACGAAUCUUUUGGGGAUUGAAAGAAAUACGGUGGAGGAGAUGAUCUGCGCUUCGGCGGUGUUGAAAGGAGUGGUGCCGAGGGCAGAGGAUGUGGCGGAGGCUGCCGUGUACUUGGCGAGCGACGAGUCCAAAUUUGUGAAUGGACUGAACCUUCUUGUGGAUGGAGGUUAUAGCACCACUAAUCAAUCUCUUACUAGGGUUUUGAGGGAUUUCAUGUCAUCAAACUAGGUUCUGUAAGCAUCAUCCAUUCGUUGUGCUAUGUUUUGAUCCUUUUGCGCUUCCUCUUUUGGAGAGUUAUGAAAACUUCAUUCAAACUAGCAAGCAAGAAUGUAUGUGCGGUGCUGCGGGUUUUAAGAUCGUAUAAGAUGAUACUAUUGCUUAUAUACAUUUGUUUAGUAGUAUAAGUUAGAAAAGGUAGCUUGAUAACAUGUUUUAGAUGCUGCUUGUCAUAUUGUAGUAAGCCUUGUGCUAUUUACAUGUAUUGUUUGAGAAUGCUAAAUUCCGUACAAAUGAAAAGAGCAAAAUAAUUUAAAUGCAUGAA